ACUCCUCGCUGCCACAUCUUCUCCACCUGUUACCCUUUCUUCUUCCCUUUCUCACCCUCUCCAAAGCUCUCUGCCUUUCGAGUCUAUCUCCUCUUUUUCGCCGUCCCUUUAUUCUCCCUCUCUCUCUCUGCCUCUUCCUCUCUCAGUGUUCUUCUCAAAACCUGUUACUCUCAUCUAAAGCUGCCAGAAAACCACUCUUUCAGCGCCCAAAAAGUGGUUUUCCGGUGACCCAAUAGUCUCUAAAACAGAUCUGCCACUUUGCUCACUGGACUUGACCUUCAUCUUCAAAAGGGUCGUUUUGCUUUUCUCCCAUAGCUUCCGCACCUUAGAGAGAGAGCAAAGGUUGAGGUUGAGGUUGGACGCACCGAGAUCUUCGUGGGCGUUAUGGUUUGAAAUUGGUGUUUCAAAGCCCAUUCCAUACUGUCCACUCUAUCUUCCAUUUUUCUCCAGUAAGAGCUUUGUGACCUACGAACAGAAAUACAGGGUCAAGAUCUUCUUUCAAAGCCCAAAGCCACAGUUGUAGCUCCUCCACUGCUGCAUGUUUAGGGUUUGUCGGGGCAGUGACACUUCCCGGCCGGAAUAAUGCUUCCGGCUAAUGACUGGCCACUGCCAAUUGAAAGGAACCUAAAGGUUGCUGGAUUUGGGUUGUCAUCAGGACUAAUUCUAAGCGUGAUUGAAGAACCCUAGCUUUGGAAUCAUAAAGGAUCUGUGAAUAUGUUUCAACCAAAUAUGUUCGACAGUCACCAUCAUCUACUAGAUAUGCCCCACAAAACCCCCGAAAGUGAAAUGGGGAAAAUACGAGACGAAGAAUUCGAGAGCAAAUCAGGAACAGAAAACAUGGACGCCCCUUCUGGCGAUGAUCAAGAUCCCAACCAGCGCCCCAAAAAGAAGCGGUACCAUCGCCACACUCAGCAUCAAAUCCAGGAAAUGGAAGCUUUCUUCAAGGAGUGCCCUCAUCCAGAUGAUAAGCAAAGAAAGGAGUUGAGCCGUGAAUUAGGGUUGGAGCCUUUACAAGUCAAAUUUUGGUUCCAAAACAAGCGCACUCAAAUGAAGGCCCAACAUGAACGCCAUGAGAACUCAAAUCUGAGGGCUGAGAACGAAAAGCUCCGAGCUGAGAACAUAAGGUACAAAGAAGCCCUCAGCAACGCGACAUGUCCUCACUGCGGAGGCCCAGCUUCUAUUGGCGAGAUGUCAUUUGAUGAGCAGCAUUUGAGGAUCGAAAAUGCUCGGCUCAGGGAUGAGAUUGAUAGGAUUUCUGGGAUUGCAGCCAAGUAUGUUGGGAAGCCCAUGGUUUCAUAUCCUCAUCUUUCUACCCACACAUCAUCCCGGUCCCUCGAUCUUGGGGUUGGGAAUUUUGGGGCGCAAUCAGGCAUAGUAGGGGACAUGUACGGAGGUGGUGAUCUCCUUAGAUCAGUCUCGCUGCCUACUGAGGCAGAUAAACCGAUGAUUGUUGAGCUUGCUGUUGCAGCAAUGGAAGAACUAAUCCGAAUGGCCCAGGCUGGGGAACCCUUAUGGAUUCCCACCUCUGACAACUCUACUGAGAUUCUAAGUGAAGAUGAAUACCUGAGGACUUUCCCCAGGGGAAUUGGGCCAAAACCCUUGGGGUUAAAAUCUGAAGCUUCCAGGGAAACUGCAGUGGUAAUAAUGAACCAUAUCAGCCUUGUUGAGAUUCUCAUGGAUGUGAAUCAAUGGUCAAGUGUGUUUUCCGGUAUUGUUUCAAGAGCAAUGACCCUAGAAGUCCUCUCAACGGGAGUGGCAGGGAACUACAAUGGAGCCUUGCAAGUGAUGACGGCUGAAUUCCAAGUCCCUUCACCGCUGGUUCCAACUAGAGAAAACUAUUUUGUUAGGUACUGCAAGCAUCAUCCCGAUGGGACUUGGGCAGUUGUUGAUGUUUCAUUGGAUAACUUACGCCCUGGUCCAAUAACAAGAAAUCGAAGAAGACCAUCUGGUUGUUUGAUCCAAGAGUUACCCAAUGGUUACUCCAAGGUCAUAUGGGUCGAACAUGUAGAGGUGGAUGAUAGAGCUGUUCACAAUAUAUACAGACCUCUAGUAAACUCAGGUCUUGCAUUUGGAGCAAAGCGCUGGGUGGCUACCCUAGAUCGCCAAUGCGAACGUCUAGCAAGUGCCAUGGCCAGCAACAUUCCUGCAGGAGAUAUUGGUGUGAUAACAAGCCCAGAGGGAAGGAAAAGCAUGUUGAAGCUGGCUGAGAGAAUGGUGAUGAGUUUUUGUGCCGGUGUUGGGGCUUCUACUACACACACAUGGACAACACUAUCAGGCAGCGGGGCUGAUGAUGUAAGGGUCAUGACCAGAAAGAGUAUGGAUGAUCCUGGCAGGCCUCCUGGUAUUGUACUAAGUGCUGCGACUUCCUUCUGGAUUCCAGUUCCACCGAAACGAGUAUUUGAUUUUCUUCGUGCUGAGAACUCCCGAAGUGAGUGGGACAUCCUUUCAAAUGGAGGACUAGUUCAAGAGAUGGCACACAUAGCUAAUGGCCGGGAUCCAGGCAACUGUGUCUCUCUACUUCGAGUGAAUAGUGCAAAUUCGAGCCAGAGCAACAUGCUGAUACUACAAGAGAGCUGCACUGAUCCUACCGGCUCUUACGUGAUCUACGCUCCAGUUGACAUCGUUGCCAUGAAUGUGGUCUUAAGCGGUGGGGACCCAGAUUAUGUUGCCCUCUUGCCAUCUGGUUUCGCAAUACUUCCUGAUGGAGCAGUCCUUCAUGGAGGAGGAAUUCUUGAUGUUGGGUCUGGUGGCUCUCUAUUGACGGUUGCAUUUCAGAUCUUAGUUGAUUCAGCACCAACUGCAAAACUCUCUCUUGGAUCAGUGGCAACUGUUAAUAGCCUUAUCAAGUGCACAGUUGAAAGGAUCAAGGCAGCAGUAUCAUGUGAGAACACAUGAUACAGAAAUAUUUAAACACGUGAGAAUAAAAGAAGGGAGUAGAAGGGAAAAGAAAAAAGGGUGGGGGUUCAUCCUGGGAUUUGGAACAGAGGGAAGAAGUCAAGAACGCACCUUGUCUGACCCUUGCCUUGUGGUGUUUGUUACAGAAGCCUGGUAUUUGUUACAGAAACAGAAACAGAAAAUGCAUUUCACCACCCAGCAAGGGUAAUAGGUUCGGGUAUUGACUUUGGCAAACAAAACGGAGGACCAGUCACAUAAGUUUAUGCCAUCCAUUCAGUUUUUUUGUUUUACUUCAAGGUUUAGUUAAUUUCCCUGUGAAAGUUAGUUUAACUUAAAUCUGCCCAUCCCUUCUUUCCUUCUCAUAUGUGUGUUUGUCUUUUAGAUAGGUAUUACUAUUAGAUGUAGACUUUUGGAGCUUACACUGAUUAACAAACCUCUGUUUUGGCCUUGUUUAAUUGGUGUAACUCCAAAACUGAGUGUCUCUUUUGUUGUAUUGCUUUCACUUGGAAGAAAGACCGUUAAACCGAGCUCAUGCAGCUCAAGUCCUUAUAAGUCAGUGGCAUGUUCAUUCA